AUGUGGGAAAUCAAACCUGACGUGAAAAGUCGAAUUGUCACUCACGAACGAUCGAUUGUUGCUGCUCGAUAUCUGAUUAAACAUAAACAAGUCAUGGUUGUGUGUCAAGCGGGUGAUAUCAGUUUUUGGUCAUUGGAAGGUCAAAGAACAAAUCGAUUUAGUGAGAAGAGUAUUGGCGAAAAUGUAGAUACGACGUGUUUGGGUUUCGAUGAGUUUGGAGAGAAGUUUUAUACGGGUGGAAGCGAUGGAAAAAUUCGAAUGUGGAAUUACAAUGGGCGAGUUUUACGAAUUCUGGAAGCAAGUGGAAAUGGUACAGCGGUAGAAAUCACUCAAAUUGAAUCAUUAAAACGACGAGUGGUUGCUGUGGGAUGGAGCAAGCAUUUAACUAUUUUUCGUGAUCUACAAGAGUCCGAAGGUAAACCCGCUUUUCCCACCGAAUGGAAAGGAGAUAAAGACGAAGAUACAAGAGAAGGACACGACGAAGAUAUUGUUUGUAUGACUGUAACAGCAUUUGCACCGCAAUUACUCGCCACUGGAAGUAUUGAUGGUGAUAUUUGCAUUUGGAAUACUUCGUCUGAACUUUUCGUUCGUCGUCUCGAUCAACGAAAACGUCCAGUGAAUUACCAUCACGUUCAAUUACAAGACAAUUCAGCUGAUUUUGCUCUGACAACACUAACUUUUCUUGAUAAACGCAUUACAUCGAGUACGAAUAAUAAUUCUACGGGAGCCAAUUUAGUUUCAUGUGGCGGUUUGGGCUUUGUUCGCUUUUGGAAUGCGCAUCUAGGAAAGCUCAUAGGGGAAUUUCAAGCACAUACUGACGUUGCGUCAAUCAUCAUGGAAAUUGAUGUACGAAAUAAGCACUUAGGCACAGGAGAUGUUAAUGGCCUUGUGAAAAUUUGGAAUAUCGAAGAAUAUUGUUUACAAUCGAAUCAGUCCGAUUUAAUAACCGAUCUUCCUCCUCUACUAGCGGAAUUCAGUUCACAUACGGAUUUGAUAACAUGCAUUGAUUUCUUAGAAAAAGACUCACGAACGUUUGUAUUAACCUCAUCUGCAGAUGGUAGUGUGGUUCUUUCGGAUAUCAAUGGAAACCCGUAUGGAAUAUUCGGUCAGCCCAAUCAAUGGCAUUUAGAUGUUGAUUUAGCGAAACUACGCGAAGAAGAACAGCAACAAUUGAAAGCAAAUCAAUAUGUGGAUGAGUCCGAGGAAGAUUCAAGAUUAUUUGAAGAAGAAUCUCAAUCAUCAUUGUCAGCGAAUUCGAAUGUCCCAACUAUGACUGACGAAGAAAUUUUGACAAGACGAUCCAACGUUUGGGAAUCCACUUCUAUCGGUGUCAGUUUUCGAGAAAAACGAACCAAUCGUCGACAACGUAAUCAGCCCGCGCUGAUCACCACAAAAGAUUAUUUGCUUUGGGAAAAAACAGGCUUAGCGCCUGGUGGUGCCUAUGGCUCUAUUGAUACCUAUGAUCCACCUGUGAUACCGGAGCAGAAAAAAACACCUCAGUCGACUUUGAAUGCCGCGUGGCAAGCUACUAAUUUCGGAGAAAAUCCGCGACGUCGUCUCGUUCCCAACACGAUUGGUUCAAGUUUGAAAUCUGCUUUCGACGAACGUUCGUUAUUUCCAAAAUUCAUUUUGGACUACGAAGCAAAACAACGUCAUUUGUAUGAACUGACUAAUCAAGUACAACCAUUAACUGUUCCGUCAACAACAGUGUCGAAUGUCAACGCACCAACACAUAUGCGUCAAGCAGCUGAUGCGAUAUUAAAAUUGAAACGAACAAGUUCAACUGCGACGAAUUUCAGUGACCACAAAACCCAGUGA